AUGGUUACACAGCACGGCAUCAAACUCGCCGUCCACCUCAUCACCAAUCACUUCGGCAAUCUCGUCGGGGUAAUUCUCUCGCUUUCUCGUCUCUCUGAUUUAUUUUGCAGUGGUAUUGAUAUUGAAAUUUUGUGUGUGCAGAAAGUAUGCGAAAACCUAUUUAGCCAUGGAUCCCUCACUUUGGAUCAAUUGAUUCGCUUCACAGAGCUUACUAAGGACCAGGUCAAGAACUCCCUACUCGUCUUAGUUCAACACAAUUGUUGCCAAGCAUUUGUUUCUGCUCCUGAAGAUGACGAUGAUGAUGCAGACAGAUUGAGAGUUAGAACUCAGUACCUGGUGCUGUUUGAUAACAUAAUCCACCGAUUGAGAUUUCCCAAAUUCUUGGAGACUGUAACGCGGACGCUUGAUGAAGAAUGUGUGGAGCUUCUUGAUGGAUUGCUUCGUGAUGGUAGGCUUACCCUGAAACAGAUGGUUGACAGAGCAAGUCAAGGGAAAGGCAAGUGUUUUAUGAUGCCUGUCAUAGAAAAUGCCGUGGAAACAAAAGUUGUACGAGAGAUACUUUGUAAGCUUUUAACAGCUAGACUUGUUGAACGCUGCCCUGCCCCUGAGCCAGUUGUUUCUACUUCAUUUAAAGAAACUACUACUAGGAAGCGGGGUGCUAAGUCUGCCAAGAUAUUUGAAGCACCAGAGACAUUAGAACAACGCGUUUUAGAAGCAGCAGUGCCUGGGGAUGCAAUCAGAUAUUCAUUCACUGCAGAUAUGGGAUCUAAUGCUGACCGAGAAACAAAUUCAGAUGAUGAACAAAUGAUUAGUGUUGAAGAGAAUACAGCAAAAGAGGAGGAAAUUCUUUGGCGUGCAAAUUUUGAGGAGUUUGUUCGUCAUCUUAGGCAUAAGGCAUUGAUUGAGAAUAUAAGAACUCAGCAUGAUGAUGGAACUGCUACUGUCUUAAGUGCAGUAUUGGAGGCAACAAAAACUGUAGAGAAAAAAGUGAAACUGGAGAAUUCAGUUCCCUUGUCACUGGAUACAAUUACCGCAGAGGUGAUGAAGACUGAUACAGGACGAACGAUGACCAUGGAUCGUAUUAGAGCUUCCCUUAGCCAGUUGGGCUGUUCACAGAGGAUGAUUGUAGAUGAUGCAUAUAGUAUUGAUUUGAAGAAAAUAAUUGAACGUGCUCGAAAUGAAGAGGUUGAGUCAAUUGUGUUGAAAAGGUAUGGAAGGGAUGCCUACAGAAUGUUCAGGCUACUGUCAAAGGAUAUUGGUUUUCAUGACACAGAUCAGAUAGCAGCAUCGACUCUGGUUGAGAAGAAGGAAGCUCCAAAGUUGCUAUAUAAGUUAUGGAAGGACAAUUACUUGUAUAUGGAGAAAGUAGUUGCAACCGGUGUCAAGCAAAUAACUAUUUUGAUGUGGAAAGUCAAUAAACCUCUGCUUUUGGAACAUGUACUGGACGAGAUGUACCACGCUGCCUUAAAUUUGAGCCUAAGAAUGGCUUUUGAGCAGGAAAAGGAUGAAGAGCUUUUAAAUGUUCCUAAAGACAAGCUUAAGGAGCCCGGGCCACUGCAGAAGAAAUACAAACGGCUACUAAAUGUCUGGUUACUCCUGGGAUCAUCAUUGAUGAAGCUCGAUGAAGCUCUCAUGCUUUUCCAUGACUUCUGA